AUGGUCUUAUCAUGGCAAGAUCAUGCAAAAUAUAUUCAACAAUCUACCAGCCGUAAAUUCCACGGAGAACAGUUACAGGAUAGUGCAUUUCCCAACGAAUUAAAUCUAUACCUGAAAAGCAGUCAUGCCCGGCUAUCAGAUGAUCCAUUACUAAGAUGGAAGGAUGUGUGCAAAGUGUAUCCUAUAUUAUCAAAAGUGGUCGUUAAAUAUCUAGUACCUGUUGUGACGUCUGUCCCAAGCGAAAGAUUAUUUCCUAAGGCAGGAUUGACAUUAAAUAAACACAGGAAUCGUUUAACUUCUAAACAUUUAAAUCAAUUUUUAUUUUUAAAAUCCUUAGACGAUAAUUUAUGGUUAGGUAUGUCAGUUAACUUCAAUUUUAAGAAAUACAUGUGA